AUGGUUGAUUCCUGUAAUGAAAAGCACAGUAUUCAAGUUGCUUCUCAGCAAGAAAAUGGUGAACCUACACUACAAGACAUGGCUGUACUUAUUGAACAAGUCACUGGAGUCCCAGUUCCUUUUCAGAAACUGAUAUACAAAGGAAAGUCUCUGAAAGAAUUGGAACAACCAUUAUCAGCACUUGGUGUUAAAAACGGUUGCAAAGUCAUGUUGAUUGGGAAAAGGAAUAGUCCAGAAGAGGAGGCUGAAUUAAAGAAGUUAAAAGAUUUGGAGAAGUCAGUGGAGCAAAUAGCUAAUAAGUUAGAGGAAGUUAAUAAAGAGUUCACAAGUAUCCAGAAGGGAUUUUUAGCAAAGGAUCUCCAAGCAGAAGCACUAAAACAGCUGGACAAGAGGAUAAAAGGAACUGCAGAGCAGUUCAUGAAGACACUUGAACAGAUUGAUGCUAUUAAUUUACCAGAGAAUUUCAGUGACUGCAAACUGAAAAAGAAGGGGUUGGUGAAGAGGGUCCAGGUUUUUCUUGCCCAGUGUGAUACCAUUGAAGGGAAUAUUGGUCAAGAAAUGGACAAGCUACAGUCAAAGAAUUUGGCACUGGCAGAAUGAGGCAUCGCCUUACAUAAUUAGGAAACAUAAUUGCUCUAUGAGCAAGAAGAAAAGUUUGCUCUUUGUUUUGGAGCACAUAUCCAGUCCAGCUUCCUUUUUUUUUUUUUUUUUUUUUUUUUUUUUUUUUGGUCUUUUUCCCCCAGCCCAGUCUGUUAGACUGGUACCAGUCAAUCAUUUCUUGCUGGUUGUCUUGUUUGCCGCUUGGUUAGAACUAAUAUUUUGAAAAGAAAAUCCUUCCUGAAGAAUGGCUGAACUAAUCUUUGUGAAUUGUGUAUCUUAUGGAUGAUAAAAUAGUUUAGUUACACUAAGUUAUGAAGUUUUCAAUGGUGGGCAAAUGUCUGAUAUAUCUUUGAAUUUAUUUACAGCUCAAAUCAAAGAAGGUCUAUAAUCGUACAAGUGCCGUAAGUUGCAGUUGUAGGACUUCAGCUUGAUUGAAAAAGGCAAACUGAGACAACAUCUGGGAAAGUUGAACAUUCUAGUAGACAGUUCAGAGCAAUAAAAAACCCCUACGCAUUUGUAUCUACUUAAUGUUUGUAUGCAUUUAUAAAUAUAAGAAAGCUUGACUAUAAGGGAGUCGUACCUAUUUUAGCCUUAAAUUGUCAUAAUAAAUGGAAUGUACUGUAACAUGUAUGGUACUUAAUUUUGAGUGGUGCUUUAAGUUGUUACUGAGCUCCUUGAUACAGAUGUAUGUUUUUUACACAGA